GUUGGGAGAGGCAAGAAACUAUCAUUAGUCUAUUUUCCCGGUUGUUUACAACAAUAUAGCCUACAAAAUAUUUGUAUAAACACUAGCUACAUGCAUACUGGCAUCAUCAUAUUUUACCGAGGAACUUUGAUGAUGAAUGAUUUAGAGAUGUUCACAAACCAUAGCCACACCCCUCGCCUAUAGUCAUUUUUCAUGGAAAACACCUGUCUGCGUAGGAGCAAAGGAAUAUUUUUUUAGAAGCAAUUUGGAAGAAAACACCUGCAUGAUCAUAGUCAAUAAGGUGAACGGAAAAAGUUAUAGGCCUAUGUGAUUUAGAUUUAUUGGCAUUUUGAUUUAUACGACAUUUGUGGACAGCUUGAACAGCGCACGCCUUCAGCAUCACCGGCCGGGCGAAAUUGCUAGCUAGCUGAACACACGUCUAGCUAGCUUGUUAAAUAAUGAUGGACUGACAGAGGUUUUUUUUCUUCCCUUUUAUUUUUUUAAAUCAAAACUAACUUGGAAGAGCCUUGAGGGCCGGUAUACAUAUAUUGCGGUACAAACGUAGCAUAUCCCACAAUAGCUACUGGUGCGGACAGUGUCGACGUUUGACCUGCUACUUUUUGCGACCAACUACUAUAAUCCAGUUAGUUACAGUAGCUAGCUAACGUCGUUAGCCGAGCGGCAAGUGACUUUGUUUACACCGUACACGACACCUUCAUUCUGGGACUGUUGGAUCACCCUUAAUGCUGAGACAUUACCACCGUCUCCUGAUCGCCUGACUUUCAAACCAACCCUUUGCUUCGGUUCUGUCUCCCCUCUCCCCCUCCUCUCCCUCUCUUCUUUCCCUCCCUGUGAGUGUGUGUGUGUGAGCGGUCAUGACAACCAACAAGCCCAAGGGGCAGAACUCUCUGGCCCUCCACAAGGUGAUCAUGGUGGGGAGUGGAGGAGUGGGCAAGUCAGCCCUCACCCUACAGUUCAUGUAUGACGAGUUUGUGGAGGACUACGAGCCCACCAAGGCGGACAGCUACAGGAAGAAGGUGGUAUUGGAUGGAGAGGAGGUGCAGAUCGACAUCUUGGACACAGCGGGCCAGGAGGACUACGCCGCCAUCCGAGACAACUACUUCCGCAGCGGUGAGGGCUUCCUCUGCGUCUUCUCCAUCACCGAGGCCGAGUCGUUCGCCGCCACCGCUGACUUCAGAGAACAAAUCCUGCGAGUGAAGGAGGAUGAGAAUGUUCCCUUUCUCCUGGUGGGUAAUAAGUCAGACCUGGAGGAGCGGAGGCAGGUGAGCGGCGAGGAGGCCAAGGCCCGGGCCGAGCAGUGGGGCGUCAGCUACGUGGAGACCUCCGCCAAGACCCGUGCAAAUGUUGACAAGGUAUUUUUUGACCUGAUGCGUGAGAUCAGAGCCAGAAAAAUGGAGGAUGGCAAAGAGAAGAACGGAAAGAAGAAGAGGAAGAGCCUGGCCAAGAGAAUCAGAGAGCGGUGCUGUAUUUUAUAAUGAGGCGUUCCGUCCAUCGGCUUCCUUCCCGAGCGCUCUCCACCUUGCCCAUUUCCUCUGGGUCGUGUUCAUUUGGUACCAAAUGGAAGAAAACAGACUGAAACAGGGAGGGACUACCUGGACUUGUCUAAUAACAAUUGCUCAUUUUAGCUUUCUGUUGCAAGAAGUUAAAAUAUCUGUUGCGUUCUGUAAUGAACAUUACCCAGGUUUCCCUCUCAGAAGCCAUGGCCAAGGGAGAGAAAAUACUGUUUUUUUUUUUAUUUAUUUAAAUUUUUUAAAAGGUGAGUUCACUAACGGGGAGUUUGUUGUCCAAUUAUAGUAAACACUAAAAUGGUAAGACUACAACUGAAACCAAAAAAGGAAUUUGAGGCCACAAAAGACAUUCUUUCAAUUGUAAUAUUUUAUCCCAAGAACAGUAAUGACCCCUCUUAAUUAUCGUUCUGAGAGAUAAUCAAUUUAGGCAAACUUAAAUGAGUGGCUGGCUCUGACAUCUGUGGUAUGCCACUGGUGUAGUAGCCAAACAAACCAACAGUUGCUAUCGGAACGCUCACGCAACGUUUGCAGUGUAGUAUCAGCGUGAAAGUAAAUCACUAUAGUUCCUUUAUGUAGCUCAGUUGGUAGAGCGUGGCGCUUAUUACGCCAGUGUAGCGGGUUCGAUUCCCGGAACCACCCAUACGCACGCACGCACGAUCAAGUCACUUUGGAUAAAAGCGUCUGCUAACAAGGGCACAUUUUUAUUAUAUCUCAUGGCUAACUUCAAAUGCCGCUACAUUCAACGUCACUCCAGGAAGCUCGACUUCACACAGAAUAGACUUGAAACUAAGGGUGUUUAAUUGAAAGAUAUCGAAUGGGAUCCCACAGUCAAACUUACUCUCUUGCACUGGAAUGUCUCUCUGCCAUCUGGUUAGUCUGCUGUGAAAUGUGACACUUUGCAUCGUGCUAUACAGGCCAGUGGAGUUCUCUAAUGAACCAUGGGUACUUGUUCAGAAGAAAUACCUCGGCAACUCCGUAGUCAUUCACACAGUGCCAGUGGCUGAGGGGCUUGUACUAAACAGGCCAGUGGCUGAGGGGCUUGUACUAAACAGGCCAGUGGCUGAGGGGCUUGUACUAAACAGGCCAGUGGCUGAGGGGCUUGUACUAAACAGGCCAGUGGCUGAGGGGCUUAUACUAAACAGGCCAGUGGCUGAGGGGCUUAUACUAAACAGGCCAGAGGCUGAGGGGCUUAUACUAAACAGGCCAGAGGCUAUGGGGCUUAUACUAAACAGGCCAGAGGCUGAGGGGCUUAUACUAAAGAUUACAAGACAGGCUGCUUUCCUGGACACGUGAAGCCUUAGUCACUAAAAAGCUUUUUCAAGUUUUACUGAGCAUGCUUUAUUGUCCAGCACUAGGCUUAAAUCGGUGUCUGGGAAACUGGACUGAUAUUUGCCUUAAUUUAAGAGGAUAGUCUUUUGGUGACCAUAGUUACAUCAAUAUACAAAGGAGUAAUAAUGAUUGUAAAAAAAUUAAAGUUUCAUCUAAACCAGAGGUUGUUUUUAGAAAAUUGGUAGUAUCUCAGUUUGUCUUUCAGCCUGGCCUCAAGACUGAAAAUUGAAAGUAGGAAUUUCCAAUGACUCCCUAAUAAAUGAACAGGUGAUUAAAAUUAGGCCUGUAGCACAAAAUCGGUGUACUGGAAAAUGAUUAUGAAUGGCUAUUUUAGUACGUUACCAUUUAAGAAACCAUUACAUUCUGUAACUGCCGAGUCCAUAUUCCAAGUCUUUAGAUCCUGCUAUAAAAUGUCGGAGGAAUGUACAGGCCCUUCCAUCUACAAUAAAAUGGGAAUCAUUCCAUUGAUUACAGUUUCUACCCAGUUAAUUAUGGGAUUUAAAGUUCAACCCUGGCCCCUUAAAGAUAAUUCCAAUUUCAUUUAGAUGGAUCAUCACACCUUUUAUCAGAGCAUUGUAUAACACAUCUAUCCGUGUGUAGAACAUGCAAUUGGAAAAUGGCAUUUAGGUUUCUAUCCCGGGGCACAUCUGUAUCCCUUUAACAAUAUUCCACAUACUUUAUGUUACAGAGGUCCUCUGUAUAGUCUGAUAAAUAACCUUCUGCCGUUUUCUUAUUCGGCAAGGGGUUUUUCUGCUGUUUGUGCACAACCCCCCCCCCCCCAGGCAAACUGAAAAUUCGGUAGCCGGAGUCUACGCACCUGUGUCGGUGAUUGGUCAAUAGUAGGGAUUAUUCAAUUAAAGUGUUUGUCAUUCGAGAGACGACUCGUUUUCGUUAACUUUCGCUUUGCUUGAGCGAUACUGCAUCAAACAUUAAAUGUCAAAUUGCGUGACAGACUUCGGAAAAAAACAUCUAAAUGAAGCACAGAUAUCUUGAGUUAUUUUAAGAUUAUUUGGAUUUUUGAGUAAGCGUAUACUGGCUACGGCGUCUUAAGAGGGACAAAGUACUUUUGCCGGUUUUUCUUCUUCAAGGGAGUAAGCAAGGCACAUACGUCGCCUAGCCGAGUUCUGCUAUGCCUUGAGGCACUGGGAUUUUCUCACAACCGAAAACCUUGCUGCUAGACAAAUGUCUAUCGUGCCGUUGAGAGUUGAGGCAAGGCUAUACAGACCAAUAAUCCCGACCUGAUUAUUCCAUGUACUCAUUUACAAUAUAUACACACACUUAAGUAGUUUACCUAGUCCCUUUUAAAUGUCAAAAUAGGCUACUUUUGAUAUUGAAGAGAGUUAACAGGGGAAAUGCAUUUCAGAAAAUGAAGGCGUGAACAUCCCUAGUUAAGAAUCUUCCAUGUUAACUGUGCUAUCAUAUAGAUAGGUGUUACUCCAGUCCUUGGAUGGAAUGUACCAACGAACUUAAAAUGAAGGGUUCUGAAAGGAGGAUACAAACUGAAUGGGAAACUAUUGCACCAAUGGCCCACUAUGCUUAAGGCUCCGUCUUGUUUGAAAAUUCGAGAAUUGUCACAAAUAACUUUUUUUUUUUAAUGAAGUUGAGUCGCACACUGCAAAUAAUAUUUUAAACCAUCUCCUCAGAUGUAACGUAAGUUCUGGCCUAGUACUUUUCUUUUUACCAAGACAAUUAUUGUAACCUGGGUCUCGUUCAUUAGGCACCAAAUGGAAUGAAACUGGGAGGAACUAUGAACUUCAAGAAAGUCUUGUUUCUCGUCGAAAAACAGUUUCCACUGUGUGUCCUAAUGAACACGCCCCUGGUAUCCCAUGCUAAUGUUCUGUGUGUGUGAGGCUUGAUAUCUAGGAGCAAUGACGCUAUCAUUAAGUCUGUGCUGCCCGCUGCCCUAAUGCUGGCCGCUGGUAGCAGAGGUCCUUUCAACUCAUAACAUGUGGAAUAGUGUAAAUUGACUGGAAACUUAAGGAAAGGGGAAAUUAAAUAACUUAAUGUCAA